AUGGAAGAAAGCUGCCCUGAGGGUCAGUUCUGGGAUGCCUUGCUCAAAUUAUGUAUAAACUGUCAAUCGGUAUGCCAGGAACAACAAGUCAUCAGCAAAUGCAUCAGUUACUGUGAGUCCGCACAUUGUAAGGCACUGCCUGGCCACUACUAUGAUGUGCUGCUGAAGAAAUGUAUGAGGUGCACUGAGAUUUGUGGCAAACAUCCAGCAGAAUGCUCCCAGCACUGCCAGACGCCGACAGCCCUGGAAGACUCCACCGUCCUGCUCUACUCCCUGCUGGCACUCUGCAUAGUGCUGCUGUUUUCUAGCUUGUCUCUGACCCUGGCGGUCUUUCUGAGGGGAUCCGGGGCCAGAGCCUCCAACCCAGGACCCAAGAAGGCUAACCACAAGCAGGAGCGUUUGAUCCAGCCGGGCGAGGAGGUUGGCCUGCCCGGUGGCCAGCUGAGGCAGACCUCCAAAGAUUAUGUAACACAUUCGAGAUCAAACGACUCCAGCCCGACAGAGACUUGCGUGUGCGUCCACUGUUUCCCUGAUCUGAAACCGCUAGCCCAGGGUAACGACAGGCUGCUGAGAGCACCCGUCCUCCCGAGAGGCCAGACCCAGAACGGAGGGCCCCUCUGGGCUGAGAAGAGCCUUCACACCUCUGGACCAGGAGGAGGCAGCAGUGAGAUGAGGUCCAUUUGCUCCCUCUCAAAUCAAAGUGUCUCACAGGAAAACUGGAAUGGAUAAAGAUAUCCCCAACACAUACACACACACACACACACACAAACACACACACACACACACACACACACACACACACACACACACACACACAGAAGUUGAUCAGAAAACUGGAUUUUAGCAGGAAUUGAUUGUGAAAUGGUGAAAACACGGUGCAAACAGAGGGAAUGCAUCAGCAACAAUUAAUACUAGAAGAAAACACAAAAAGCAAACAAGUAGAAGCUUUUCCAUUUUAAAAAAUGUAAAAAGCCGCUGUGUGAUUGAUUCAUAUUAAUCAUGAAAAAGUCGACCAUGUUUUACUCCUAAUGAGGACAAGCUCAUGAAAUAUGGAAGUUUGUGCGGUAGGAAAGUUUUACUACCGCACACUAAAAGCAUCGCAUCACUGAAACAAGUGAAACACAAAUACAGCCCCCGUCGAAGCUCCCGACGCACCAAGCGGAUUGCAUAGCACUGUUUUUUUUUUCUCAUGUCUCCUGUUAGAAAGUUCACUGGAGCAAAUCACACAGACUUACAACCAACAACUAGCUCCGUCACUGACACGCAUGCACAGUGGUACUAGGUCUGGUCCCUCAAAACAUCACGGAAACAAAUGGAAACAUCAAAACAUAUUAUAACCUACGGAAGAGGAUCAGGGUCACAUGUGAAGAAAACAGAAAAAUGUAUAUCAGAUUUUUGAGGUUAAACAUUUGACCCUAAUCCUCUUCCGUACUAGCCAACUCUUUUCAUGACACUGUGAAUGUAAUAAAACUAUCCAGUUAUAUGCAAACUGAGAACAUGAUAUAAUGUCUGUAACAGUUAUCUGAUAAAAGGUUGCCGCUCACACGGUAAAGCUUUGUGCUUGAGCCCACAAAUCAUUUCACUGUGGGAGAUUUAUGAAGAUAAAGGAGCUGGAUGAAGUCACUGCUUCGCUAUAGGCUGAGCAGGCAGUGACACAGCUCUCGCCUCGGAUUGAACGGGUUACUGUCACCCACACAAGCGAGAGUCCCACUCAUUUUCCACCAAAACAGGAGAAACUCACCACAAACAUUUCAAUUAAAACAAACUGAGUAAUACUAAGAGUUGGGAAGCAACGAUAGAGUGAAUGUAAGGAGACGACAGUGAAGGCGAAUGACGUUGGAAGUCAAGACAGUAUCGCUCAUGGUGGAAGGAGAGCUCUCCUGCCUGCUACAUGUGAUAAUCAGUCGUGUGUUUUUUGAUACCACCACUGGGUGUCGCCAAAGUCCGAAAAUAUUCAAGUUCUACUGAUUCCCUUUUAAGUUGGUACCGUUUCACAAUAAGAGUACCCUUAUAAAUCUUUUAUAAAUGGUUUAUAAUUAGGUUAUUCAUUUAACACUUUAUAAAUCAUAAAUAAACCAUUA